AUGGACCGACUCAAACGAAAACGUUCCACCAUCCGUGCAGCAGUGACAAAGAUAACGGAAGACAUCGUGCAACUUGCUCAGCAGCCAAGCACAACGAAUGUUAAAGGUGAGCUGCAACAGAAACUCGACCUCCUCACUGUUAAAGAGAGUGCCUUAGAACAGCUAAACGUCGCAAUAGAAGAAUUAACGACUGACGAGGCCUAUGACGAGGAAUUGACUGGAUCGCAGGCUUAUGAAGACAAAAUUUGCACCACAAGGUCGAUUGCCAAGCAUGCCCUAGAUAGUCCCCCCACUGACCCAAGGAGCUCCAGUAAUUCGAGAAGUCAAAAUUCCACAAAUGUGAAACUUCCGAAACUGGAAAUCUCAAAAUUUGACGGGGACCUCAGAAACUGGGAAAGCUUUUGGGACCAGUUCGACUCUACCAUCCACUCAAACGAAUCGCUCUCCAAGGUGGACAAGUUCAAAUAUCUGAAAAGCUACUUGACAGGAAAGGCAAUGACAGUUAUGAAAGGACUUUCGCUUUCCGAAGAAAACUACCCGACCGCCAUUGAACUUCUGAAGGACCGAUUCAGGAAGAAAAGUCUAAUUAUCGACGAACACAUGUCAAGAUCGUUAAACUUGCCAAAAGUAAAUGAUUCAAGUCAAGUCGCUAAGCUACGCGAACUUUACGACGAAGUAUGA